GGCUUUGGAAGUUUGACUGUGAGACGACGACAAUACCGAAGCCCCUCAUCUUGCUGUCGCCUCAUCUUCCUCCUUCAAAUGCUGUAUAGAGAGAGAAAGAGCCACCAUUGUUUCUAGAGAGAGACUACUAUACUACUACUAUUGUUUGAAAAACACAACACAUUAAUAGAGGAUAGCCUAGCUAUAGCUACCCAGAUAUGUAUGUAUGUAUGUAUGUAUAUAUAUAUAUAGGCCUCCGUGUUUUCCUUUGGUUUUCUCUCUCUAAAAUCUGAUCUAAUCUAAAAAGAAGAAAAGGAAGGUUCCGGCAUCAAUGGCGGGUAAUACCGGGUUCGGGGAUGACCCGUUAGCUCCCGGGUGCUACUCUCAGCUUCUUUUCAGCGAUGAGGUUUCCGGUCUGGAAACGGAUGGCUGCUUCGGCUUAACUUCUUCCUUCUCGUCUGAUGAUAAUAACAACGCUCCCAAAAUGCUGUGUUUUGGUGAUUACGCCAAUGCCAAGCACAAACCCGGACUCGCAUGCAUGCCCGAUCCUCCACCCAAAAAUAUCAAUAAGAAGAGAAACGGGUCGGGUACUCGGAGUGCGGGGGGCUGUCGCGGAGCCCCGACAGGUAUUCAGAGGAAUGGUAAGAAGGCGAAAUCGGAAAAUUCCACCGGCGGCCAUGCAAAGGUGGUUAAGAAAGAGAAGCUCGGUGAAAGAAUAACGGCGUUGCAGCAGCUUGUGUCUCCGUUUGGCAAGACGGAUACAGCAUCAGUGCUUCACGAGGCGUUGGGUUACAUAAGAUUUUUGCAUGAUCAGGUGCAGGUGCUCUGUUCUCCAUAUUUGCAGCGCUCGUCGCCCUCCUCCUCCGACGCCCCCCACAGUUGUGUAUCUCUCGGGGAUGAAAUAGAUAGCAAGAACAGUAGUAGCAGUGAUCUGAGAAGCAGGGGACUGUGCCUGGUUCCGGUGGAUCUGACCCUGCACGUAGCGGAAUCCAAUGGUGCGGAUCUCUGGUCGUCUGCACCCAUGCUCAACACUGUUUCCCCAACCUAGCUCUGCUUUCUGUCUUCACAAUUUUGCGCUUUGCUCAACCACCAAAAUCAAAAUCAAAACAAGCGGUAAAUAUUAUAGUAUAUGUAAAGUCAGAUGACGAGAAGAGGUUGGGAAUUCAAGCCGUCUUUUUUUUUUUUUUAAUAGCCCCAAUUUUUUUGUGCAAAAGUAAAACCUUGUAGGGGGCGCAACAGAAUGGUGAAAUGUGUAUGAUGGAUGCUUUGAUGUUUUUAGGCACUCUUUAAAACGAAUUCAUGUGUUGGUAAUUGAUGUUGCAUCUCUUUCCAAA